AUGUCGAAUAUUUCCAGAAGUCCCCUUUCCUCCCAAACACCUCAAUCACAAUCACCAUUACCACUGAGAAAGAAGAUGUCGAUUACUCAAACUUACUACCUUGCUCACACUGCUCGAGGUAAGCUUUCUUCGGAAGCUUCCCGAGCAGAUCACAACCUUCGUCUUCUUGUCGGCCAUGCAAACCUUCUCGAUUCAUUGAUGCUUGAACUUGCCGAAGCUGAACAAGAACAAGAGAGCUGGUUCAACCAAUCCGUCCGAAAAGCUACUGCCACCAAGCAAGAAGAUCCAAGACACAUCCAAUGGGCCGAUAACGUUGUCGAAGAACCCGAGGAGGAUUGGGAAACAUCCGACCUCGACAACGACUCCUCCUCAGAUGAAGACAGUGAAUACGAUUCAGAUGAAGAAAUGGAUGAGCCAUCCAUGGCUUCAUUGACCCGCGUACCAUCACACAACCUGAAUGCCGCAAUCAAAGUCUCAUCCCGAGAAGUCGAAGAGGAUGAAGAGGAUUUCGAAGACGAUGGUGAGGAAGAUUUCUCCGGUCUUCAACUUCACCUCACCAAAUCACAUUCCGCAUCUCAUCCACCAGAACUCGAUCACGAUUCUGAUUCUUCAGAAGAUGAAUCAAUGCCACCAUCUCCACCAUCCGAUGCCCUCCCCAGUUUCUCGGAUAAACAACAAAUCGCUACCACCUCCUAUUACAGCAAAUCCACUCCAUCCUCAUCGAUACCACAAUCCGAACAACAAACCUUCUUCGACGAAGGUUUUUAUUUACCUCCUCGACAAUCACCAAGUUUAAUAAGCGCCAUUAGCGUUUAUUAA